AUGUCCUUCGACACACCUACGCCCCCCUUCAGCGCCUCUGACCCCCACGCCCGCUUCCUAAACGCAUCAUGCCUAGAUCUACUAUUAAUCGAACUCGUGCCUAUGGCGGAACGAAUAGUCCAAGAACUUGAGCUCGGCGAGAAGGAUUCCUUAGUCAAAUCUUCAACGGGCGAAGCGAUAGAUAUUAAAAAUAAGGAAAGAGAGAAAGAGAAGGAGAAAGAAAAAGAGAAAGACAGCAAGUCAUCUGUGGCUGUUAUGGAUGACGAGGAGUAUCGUGAAGCUAUUUACUUCAGAUUGGAGUCGUUGGGAUAUAGGGUUGGUCUGGGGCUAGGAGAGAGGAAGCAGGUGGACAAUUUGAAAACGAACCACAGGGGCGUAUAUGUUUUAACUGAUAAUGCCUUCCGGCCAUUUAUCCGUAUGAGCAUGUCUGUCAGAAGUGAAGCAGUUUUGCGCGCGCAAACAUAUCUCUGGUUUCCCUGCGGUAUAAUUCGCGGCACUCUGGCGAGCGUUGGGAUCGAGGCGACCGUCCAGGCGGAAAGCUCAGAUCUCCCGUUGGCCACGUUUCAGAUCAAAACCAGCAAUAGUGCCGCCCCUGGCGGCGGCGGCGGCGGUAGCGGCGCUACUGCAGCAGCGGCAGCGGUUUGA